UCUCGAGGUGCCUCAACGCCGAAGGGGCUGGGGGCGGCGCUUCUCACCUCGCUUGUCACAGUGAGGCCGCCGCUGAGGGAGUACAGCAGCGGGAGCAUGGGUCGCAGGUUCUUGGUCACUGUGAGGAUUCAGCGCGCGGGCCGCCCACUCCAAGAGAGGGUUUUCUUGGUGAAGUUCGUGCGAUCCCGGAGACCCAGGACAGCGAGCUGCGCUCUGGCUUUCGUGAACAUGUUGUUGAGGCUAGAGAGGAUCUUGAGAAGAGGGCCGCACCGGAAUCCUGGACCAGGUGAUGAUGAUGGGCAACGUUCACGUAGCAGCUCUUCUGCUCAACUACGGUGCAGAUUCGAACUGCGAGGACCCCACUACCUUCUCCCGCCCGGUGCACGACGCAGCGCGGGAAGGCUUCCUGGACACGCUGGUGGUGCUGCACGGGUCAGGGGCUCGGCUGGAUGUGCGCGAUGCCUGGGGUCGCCUGCCGCUCGACUUGGCCCAAGAGCGGGGACAUCAAGACAUCGUGCGAUAUUUGCGUUCCGCUGGGUGCUCUUUGUGUUCCGCUGGGUGGUCUUUGUGUACCGCUGGGAACGUCGCCCAGACCGACGGGCAUAGCUUCAGCUCAAGCACGCCCAGGGCCCUGGAACUUCGCGGCCAAUCCCAAGAGCAGAGCUAAAUCCGGCCUCAGCCCGCCUUUUUCUUCUUAGCUUCACUUCUAGCGAUGCUAGCGUGUCUAGCAUGUGGCUUUAAAAAAUACAUAAUAAUGCUUUUUUUGCAAUCACGGGAGGGAGCAGAGGGAGGGAGCAGAAGGAGGGAGGGAGGGAGGGAGGGACCUGGACAGGAAAGGAAUGGCAUGAGAAACUGAGCGAAGGCGGCCGCGAAGGGAAUAAUGGCUGGAUUGUUUAAAAAAAUAAAAUAAAGAUACUUUUUAAAAUGUC